UGCAACUAUGUUAUGUUAACUUUUUAUGUAUAAAUAUUCCUAAAAUUCCACUAUUUGUUUGGAAAUAUGGAUCAAUUAGAGGUGUGUAGAGGUAACUUGAUGUCUUACGAGAAAUCUGGAUUCGAUCGGGAAUUUAUAAAAUAUACUGAGUACCAGCUGUCCGUCACUCCAAAAGCUGCUGUCCUUAUCCCAUUAUUUAUCAAAAAUGGCCAAAUUCACGUCUUGUUAACUCGACGAUCCCAUAGCGUAGGAUCUCAUAAAGGAGAGGUUUCUUUUGCUGGAGGAAGAGAAGACAAACAAGACUCGAGUAUUGUAGAAACAGCUUUACGAGAAGCACAAGAAGAAGUUGGGUUAGAUCCAAAAUAUGUUGAAGUAAUCUCGACAUGGAAGCCCAGUUGGGUCGGAGUUGGAUUCAGUAAUUCAAAGCUCUCGUUAGUUUAUCCUGUCAUUGCUAUACUUAAGCCUGGAUUUAUAGUACAUGCAGACAGUUCUGAGGUUUCAGAGGUGUUUGACGUUCCUCUGGAAUUUUUUCUUUCCUCAGAAACCCAUGAACAUGGCAAACUUUCGUUUCAAGGUAAACAAGUGUGUUACCACAUUUUCCGAUAUCACAAUUCACUGGACAUCGUUGAUAAGAACGUUGAUAAAUCGGAGCAGAAAGAAGGGUAUAUAAUUUGGGGAUUUACUGGAACUAUAUGCAUGAGAACUGCUGUCGUUGCCUAUGGAAGAUUGCCAUCUUUUACUCUUGUCAAUGAACAUGAGAAAAAAGGACUUGGUGGCUACAUCAACUACAUCAAUAAUGACAGCUCUGUUUGUAAAAACGAGUCGAAGUUGUAGAAUGAUAUUAUAUAUGCAAUUCAUUAGUUUACUGAGUUAAUUUUACUGAAUGGGCAUCCUUAACAGUAAAGACCUACUCUCUGAAGCAGGGGUCAGCACAAUUCAAUAGCCAUAUGACCAAUGCCAUAACCUGAUCAUCAGCACAUGUACCCCACCCCCUCCCCCUAUACAAUGCUUUUUGCUUUUUGACAUGGAUAUAGAUAGCAUGGAUCGUGAUGUACCUUUGACCAUAUAAUAAAUGGAUUUCAGCUCAUGCCAUCAUAA